AUGGAACCAAGCCACCGGAACGCAAUGCCGGAACGUUUCCAUCAUUUGAAUAUUGAUUAUUCGCUACAGCGGCAGAACGCUAAAAAUCUAAGCGAAGUAGCCGCGCAAGGUGAAAGAUUCGGGGAAGUGAAGGGAGAUCAAAUGUAUGAAGUGUCGCUAUCCGGGACCACAGAGCAACCUGACGAGGCAACAGGGUGCCAGCUUUUGAAGGAGAACAUAUACUACGAAACCUCUGAGGAAAGAUAUAAGGAAUUGUUGGCAUUGAGUCGGCGAACAAAAUCGCCAUUUUUGAAAGCUAUUGUUGAUCCAGAAUUCUGGUCCCCCAAGAGGCAAACGGGGAUGGACCCUCCUAAUAUUAGAAAGGAGAACCUAAUUUUGCAAUCGAGAAGGAACGAACAGGCUGAUUUUAUGAGAUUUUGGUUGCAGGCAGCCAGAAUUACUGAGAAGGACAGAGAGUUGAUCAACGAUUAUGAAUGCGCAGGUCGCUGGGAUCGGUUCAAGCACAAAUGCCGUCAUAUUUUUGAUCACAGACUCUGGAAGAAAAGGGGACGGCCCCAAUAA